UUUCUUGACUGAUUACGGUGAGAAAGGGUGAAGAAGGCUUCACAUGGAGUUUUUUUAGAGUGUACUGACUAUCCCAAUCUCCAACUACUUUUUUGGUAUGCACAAAAAUUUGCUUCAUUCUUUUGAUUCUUGUGUGGGCAUUAAUUUGUAGAAAUGGAGAAAGAAAAUGUUUCUUGUUAAUCUAAAUGAACAUGAUGGAAAGAUGUCAUCUAGCAACAAAUAUCUUUUGUCCAAUAAUGUCUGGUUCUGCUCUCUUUACUCUAAUAGGAUAGUUCUUUUAGAUGUAAGGAUACUUUAUUUCAUUUAUUCGGAUCUUGAUUCAUGUAUUGCCGGCAGCAGACCAUGUUAACAACUGAUUGCUUCUUGCCUCUGGAUACCAAGGUAUCACAAUCUCUCCAAUUAUAUGAAUUGUUUUUAAUUUUCUGAAUUUUGUUUACUGCAUAUGACAUCAGGUUGAAGAUGGUUGCUAUAUUUAGUACUAACGAAGGUCAAAAUUUGUUGGUUAUAAUAUAUUGUAUCAAUGUGAACAUGACGCAACCAGUCUCAAUGUAAAUUUUGCACAAUUGCUUUACGGGGUAGGUUUAGAACGCUACUGUUUUCAAGUGGGAGCAUAAGCCAAGUCCAGCUUCACAUUCAUAAUUUAUAAAUUCAAUGUCUCCUUGAUUUUGCUUCAGGUUAUCUGUUCAGCUGGUGAGUGUUGUCAUUCCUGUGCUGCCAUCUCUAAUUGCUUGUAAUGUUUGGAAUUCUUCGUUAUCCGUCUCCUUUUGCACCUAUGGCUCGACCAGCAUAUCCUACACGUCCACUGGCUGCAGGUGGCGUCCUCCCCCCACUGCCUCGUCCUCCCAUUGCUGGUCCUCGAGCUCCAAUCAUUCCUGCUGUUGUUCGGCCGGCUGUUGUCCCAAGUGUUGCAUCCACAGAGAAGCAAACAACUCUUUAUGUGGGCAAGAUAGCUUCAACAGUGGAAAACGACUUCAUUCUUUCUCUGUUGGAAUUAUGUGGGCCGGUGAAGAGUUGGAGACGUCCUCAAAAUCCUACGGAUGGAACUUUUAAAGGUUUUGGAUUCUGUGAAUUUGAGUCUGCUGAAGGGGUUCUUCGUGCAAUUCGGCUUCUCAGUAAAUUAAACAUUGAUGGACAGGAGUUGAUGUUAAACUAUAAUCAAGCAACUCGGGAUUAUCUAGACGAUUUUGUUCGAAAAAAACGAGAAAGCUUGAAGAAUGUCAAUGAAACUGAAACCGAAAGUAGUACCGAGAGCACAAAGAGAGGUGGAGUUUUAUCUGCUGAUAAACAGAAAGAUGCGUCAAAGCCCUCUUUGGAAUCAUCAAAGUCUGCUACAGGAGAUUCAGAAAAAGAUGACAAUAACACAAAGAAUGAUGAGAAUAGGGAUGCUUCCAGCUUUGGCCUUGUAACUGAUGAUGAUAGAAAAGGUGAUCAAGAGGCUUUGGAGAAGCUCACGGGCCUGAUAGAGGAGAGGUUGAAAAACAGACCUUUACCUCCACCACCUCCUCAGAUUGCUGCUGAUGGUUCAUCUAGCUCCAACUUGGAAGGUUCUGCUAGAUCAAAGGAUGGAGAAAUGGAUGCAGAUACUACAAAAGCUGAUGCUGUUGAAGACAAAUACGAAAAUGAGAUGCCUGGUGAAAGCAAACCAUCAGGAGAGCAGGAUAGAUCUGAAACAAGUUCACCAGAUCGUGAAAGAAGGCAUGAUAGGAGAAGCAGAGACCGUGACCGAGAACUCAAGCGAGAAAAGGAGAAAGAACUAGAAAGGUAUGAGAGAGAACGUGAACAAGAACGAGCUAAGCGAGAGAAGGAGAGAGAAUAUAGAAUACGGGAUGAUGAGCGUAGGUUUAAGGCACGUGAAAAAGAGUGGGAAGCUAGAGAAAAAGAGCGAGAACACUGGCGGAAGAGAGAAAGAGAGAGGGAGAAGAACCGGGCACAGGAGCGCAGAUCAGAGAUAGCAAAUCAAGAGCGUGAAAGAGAUGAUGGUUAUAGCAAGAAGAAGAAGUAUAGGGAUAGUGAGGAGGAAAGGAGGAGGAGACAAAGGGAAAAGGAAGAAGACAUGGGUGAUAGAUUGAAAGAAGAAGAAGAGGUUGCUGAGGCCAAGAGGAUGGCUGAGGAAGAGCGGAAGAAGAAAGAACAGGAGGAGGAAUUAAGGCUUUUAUCUGGCAAUGGACGUGAUGGAACUGUUUUACCUGAAGAAAACAAUUGUGGAAGCAAGGAUAAGGCCAUUGAACAGACUUCUGAUCAUGAUUUAGGUGUGAAUAAUGGUAUUGUGUUAGGCGAUGGGACUGUGCAAAAUGGUAUUGCUGAUCUGUCAUUGAUGGCUUCUCUUUCUACAAAUGAUGCACGGCAAAAUAGCAAUGCUCCAUCUAGAAAAUUGGGCUUUGGUCUGCAAGGAUCGGGGAAAAGAACCACUGUUCCUUCUGUAUUUGACCAAGAUGAGGAUGAGGACAUGCACAAGGAAAAGAAGAUGAGACCUCUAGUUCCAAUUGAUUACUCAACAGAGGAACAGCUGGCUAUCCACUCAUUAGUUUCUGAAGCACCACCUUCUAAUUUAGCAGUGGCAACAGAGUCUGUAAGACGCAUAUCAAAUAAUAAUUCUAAGGAUGAGAAGCCUGAUUUGGAAAAGGAAAAAGGUAGGAGGUCUCAUGAUAGAUCAAGCCAGAGGGAUAGGGACAGAAAUGGCGAUGAUUUUACACGCACCAGAGAAGAGAGUAGGAAAGAGAGUUUGGACCGGGACAGGGUACGAGAACCUGGACUUGAUAAAGUGAAGGCCCCAGAUAAUCAGAAGCUCUUGGAUGCCAAACAGUUGAUUGAUAUGAUUCCAAAGACCAAAGAUGAGUUAUUUUCGUAUGGGAUAAACUGGGCAACUUAUGAUAAGAAUGCGUUGCAUGAGAGAAUGAAACCUUGGAUCUCUAAGAAGAUUACAGAAUUUCUGGGAGAGGAAGAGCCCUCAUUGGUAGAGUACAUAAUGUCCAGCACCAGGGAACAUGUAGAGGCAACUGAGAUGUUGAAUAGGCUCCAGGCUAUAUUAGAUGAGGAAGCUGAAAUGUUUGUGCUGAAGAUGUGGAGGAUGCUAAUAUUCGAGAUUAAGAGAGUAGAAACGGGUCUGGCUUUGCGGUCUAGGACAUGAUUUAGGAUGGGCUAAAAGCACGUGUUGUUAGUCUUGAGGAUGGUCCCUUCUGCCAGACUGACUUUGUUUAGCGUUAUACUCUCGAAGUCCAUCUUGCACUAGCAGGCAGAUGGUAUUCUACAUCGAUGUCUAUAUGCUACUUGCCAAGAUAAAAGGGCGGGAUGUCAGGCCGGCGCUCGUUGCCAGUAUCUUCGUAACCUCUUUGUUAAAUGCAUUCACAAUUUUUCCAUGUUUGUUUAGCCGCUGCUGUGCCUUCGUCGUUAAAUGUAAUUCACAUUUACCCCAUAUUUGUUUAUUUUCUACUAUGGAAGCUUCUCCUAAAGCAAGGCUAUAAUGUACUUUUACCGGUUAGUCUAUGGUUUGCUUCUUCACAGAAUUAGCUGAAGCACACUGAAC